AUGGCCGCGGCGAUGGAGAUCGACCCCGCGGGCGCGCUGCACGAGGUCCUGGACAAGUACGAGGCCGGCGACAUGGGGUCCCUGGACCUGCUCCAGGGCGCGCCGGGAUGGCCCGACGCGCUCGCGUCGGGCAACGCCGGGUUCCCCCUCGCGAGCCUCGGCGGCUGCGAGCCGCGCUUCUCCCUCGCGGGCAACGCCUACGCCGAGCAGGCCUCGGAGCUCCUGAGUAGCCUCUCGAGCGCGCGCGUGCCGGACGCGGCCAUGGACGGCUCGGGCGCGUCCGCGGCGUCGCGCGGCGUCGCGGCGUCGCGCGCGCUCCACGACGACGACCGCUGGUUCGACCGCGCGGCGUCGGCGUCGGCCAUGGACGAGGACGUGCCCGACCGGGCGAAGACGCACUUCAUCGGCGCCUACUCGCCCGAGGCGCGGAAGCGCCGGCUCGCGGAGUUCCACGCGAAGCGCGAGCGCCGCGUCUGGACGCGCAAGGUCAAGUACGACGUCCGCAAGAACUUCGCCGACACGCGCAUGCGCGUCAAGGGGCGCUUCUGUUGUCGGCCUGGGCCAGCGCGCGCGCCGCCGCCGGCCGCCGGCGCCAUGGGCUUCUUCGAGAUGUUCGCGCUGGGCCUCGGCGUCAUCGCCGUGGGGACGACGAUGGCGCUCGUCUGGCGGACGAUGAACGCCAUCUACCGCGCCAUCGAGCACAUGAGCGAGGACGAGGACGAGGAGCGGGAGCGGCGCGAGCAGGAGGCGGAGGAGGAGCGGCUCGCGCGGGAGGCCCGGGAGGCCGCGGGCGGGGAGGAACAACCCAAGGGCCGCAAGGGCUUCAGCGUCGCCUUCUGGGACUUCCUCAUCUACAUGGGCUUCCUCGCGACGUUCACCUGCGUAGUGUACGCCGAGCGGAACGCGGACCCCUACAACACGCACCUCGCCUUCGAGGACUGGUUCACGGGCAACGAGUUCGAGUACAACGUGCCGUUCCAGUUUCUGAAUCUCAGGCACCAGGUCUACUCCUGGCUCGAGGGCGUCAUGGUCCCCGGCGUGCUGCCGACGGCGGUCGACGGGUCGAACCGGCCGCUGAGCGGCCCGGAGACGCACUUCCUGGCGGACCAGCAGAAUUUUCGCAUCGGGCGCAUGCGGCUGCGGCGCGUCACGGUGCCCGGGCGGUCGCAGAUCACGCGCUUUUUGCGGCACGGCGCGGACGCGGACGUCGGGCGCAUCUGGGAGCCGUACGAGUCGCCGCGGUCCUGCCGCUGGGGCGGGAGCAACGAGGACACGAGCGACUGGGUGAGCCCCGACGGCAACUACACCAUACCCUACCGCACGGCCGACGAGACCGAGGAGCCCACGCUCUACAGCACGACCACCUAUAAACGGUACUGCGGCGGGGGCCAGGUCUUCGACCUCAACGCGACGUACGCGGGCGCGAUCGCGGAGCUCCGCCGGCUCCGCGACGACGAGUGGCUCAUCACGCCGGACACGCGGGCGCUGCUCACGGAGUUCGUCGUCUACAACCCGGGCACGGACCUUUUUACAUUGUUCCGGGGUCUCGUGGAGUUCAUGCCCGCGGGCACGGUGAUCCCGUCCUUCAACAUCCUGUCCGUGUCCCUGGCGCACACGAACCGGGCGCUGACGAACGACGGCGUCACGACGACGAGCCGCGUGAUUUCCUUGCUGGAGUUCGCGCUCUACGGCCAGGUCUGGUGCUACAUCCUCCUCGAGACGAAGCGGCUCUGCAGGGGCGGCCUCCGGGCCUACUGCUCGUCGGUCUGGAACGUCAUGACGGCCGUGAACCUUUCUAUUUUCGUCGCGGUCAUGAGCCUGCGCUAUGAUAACACGCGGUGGGUGUCCGCCAAGGGCGGGUCGUCCAUCGUCGACUACGACGCCUUCCCGGGCGACCUCGCGCAGCAGAUCGUCUGGUACAAGUUCAUCGACGAGCUCAACUCCUUCAACUCCAUCAUGUCCUACUUCCGGCUUUUUAAAUAUUUGCGCUCCCACCCGGGCCUCGCGCAGCUGUCGGACACGAUCUCGCGGAGCUCCAUCGAGAUGGGGCCCAUCUGCAUCAUCUUGGGCGUCGUCACGAUCGCGUUCGCCGCGGCGUUCCAGCUCGCCUUCGGGUCGGAGCUCUUCGAAUAUUCGGACUUCCCCACGGCGAUGCGGAGCAUGUUCCGGGCCCUGCUCGGCGACUUCGACAUCACGACGCUCAUCGGCCCGGGCCGGGCGACGACGAACGCGCUCUCGGGGCCGUUCCUCUGCGUCAUGUUCAUCGUCGUCACGGCCUUCGUGGUGCUGUCCAUGCUCCUGUCGAUCAUCGACCACGCCUACGAGGACGUGCGCGACGAGCUCAUCGAGAAGGCGGGCACGGACAAGGUCGCGCAGGAGUUCAACGAGGACUUCCGCUACUUCGUGAACUUCCCCUUCAUGCUCGCGGACCGGCUCGUGCACCGGUUCAUCGAGAAGUCCGCGGGCGGCAAGGUCGACUUCGACAAGAUCAAGAGCCGGGAGAAGGUCGACCCGGCCAUGCUCAUGGUGCUCCAGUUCGAGAAGAUGACGACGGGCACCGCGGGCGACAUCGACGACGACGCCGGCGCCGAGGACCGCGCCGCGGAGCUCGCCGAGGACCGGAAGCGCGAGCGGCGCGCGCGCCUGCUCCACGCGAAAGCGACGCUGACGUCGGCGCUCGCGGCGCUCGCCGAGAUGCGCGCGGCCCAGGACGCGGUCGCGAAGCACCUCGGCGCGCCGGACGUCGCGUCCAUUGCGAAGGAUCGCCGGGGCAGCUCGGAGAGCGAGGGGCAGGGGUAA